AUGUCUCCAAAUCUUAAGCCACUUUUAUUACCACAAUUGGUGGAGGAGCGAAGGAAAAGAGAAAGCAUCAUGGACUCGGAUAUGGACCUUGCAUCGUCCUCUUUCCAUUCUCAAACUUCAUCUUCUUCUGAGAUACCUUCACCCGUUACGUCCACCUUCUCCAAUCGAGGGCAUCUAAGGUAUCCAAGCUCAACUUCGUCAAUCGAAUCGACUCAUCAAAACCCAGCAACAGACAGCCCGUCUUCACCAAUAUUCGCCACUUCAAAAACUAGCAAACGAUCACUACCCGAUGUACAGGAGGAACCUCAUGAACGCGAGGAAGAGUUUGAAAUGUUUGACGUUGCAAACGAACUCUACGAUUGCUUGUGCGACAGCCAGGAAUGCCUGCACAGAGAGUCCAUGGCGCAAAGCUCAGAACAAUUACCUAUGCGACAAGAUUUUGAUUAUGAUCUGGCUGAGGGGUUCUUGAGCGACGGAGAUUUUGCAUUGAGCCCCCGAUAUAAAAAACGAAGAGCAAACGAGAUUGCACUCAAUGGCCUGGCGACACGUUUUGGCACUCGGUUUCCCUCAUUCUCGCGAAAAUGGCGGCUUGGAAAGGGGGCAAGCUCUACUUCACCUACCUCGGAAUCUCAACGAGAGAACACAACUUCUCAAACCGCGUCAAGUCGGUCCUCUUCAGUAUCAAACUCAGUACGACAAGCAUUUGAACCGGCACUUGAGCCUCAAAUGCCCCCAACGCCUACCAGGAGCCUCUUCGGUAGCCGAGAAGACGUUUCGAUUACUGCUCCCAUAGACAUCGAGAAGGCGAACAAUGAUGGUGGGGAGCGUGAGGAGAACUUUGCAACGACGCCACUACUUCCGCCACUAAUGACUGAUGCGGCGGCCCACAACAAGCACGUCUGGAAGCAAUCCCCAUUGCAGUCACCAUCGGUCGCCGAAUCCAAGGACCCAUUUUCUGGUCCCAUAACGCCAAUUGACUCUAUCACUACUCCGCAAUUCCAGGGAAUUCCCUCGCCGCCGCUAAGCUCCAAGCCAUCGAUCUCAUCAUUCCAUCGCGGCACUACUACCCGCCCCGGACAGCUUUGUCCCUCCUCGGAAAUUCCCCCCAUUGUCAUUGCCGACCCCAACGAUGAAUGGGCAAACAAGCUCGGCCACGCCAACUUCACUAUCUAUCCAGAACCUUACGUACCUGAAGAUUUCGACCUGGAAGCGUGCCGACAACUGCGCUCAAACUGGGACCUGGCAAGAUGUAACUAUACUAAGCAUCUCGUCCGUACUGGCGAACAUUACGGCGCAACGUCAAAGACCUACAAACUCACCGAAGAGAAAUGGGCCAGCGUUGAUGCAACCUGGCGCAAGUAUAACGAUCUUACAAUCGGUUACACUGCCCAAAGUAGUGGCGACGCGUUCGCAACCCUGAAACACACCAAAAUCGAGGGAAGUGCAAACAAUAUAAUGACGCGCAUUCCAUCACUCAACGAUCCCCGCAGUGAGGGCAAGUUCCCACAACUAGGCGACGAAGACAUUAUAGGGCCUAUGGUGCAGGUCGCCGCCAAACUCCAACGAAGUCCUAGCAAGAAAGCCAAGCUCUUCAAGUACUUGGCGGAAAAAUUCCCCGCCAAUCUAGGACGCUCAUAA